UGAUGUAACGAAAUUUAACAAGCAUCUUGACAAAACUGUUGAAUCAGCAACUGCUGCAUUAAAGAAGGAGACAACAGUGCAGAACUACUCCAGCCUUGCAAAAGCCGCAUUGACCAAGAUUGUCCUUUUCAAUAGAAGACGUGUUGGGGAGGUCUCAAAGAUGAAACUGAGACACUUUCUGGAAAGAAACAAAGAAACAAACACCCUUGAUGAAUUGGGGCUGUCAGAGUGUGAAAAGAAACUCUGCAACUAUUUUGAGCGUGUUGAACUAAAAGGAAAAAGGGAUAGAAAGGUAGCAGUGCUGCUGACACCUAAGAUGGUAAAUGGACUCAACAUUAUGAUUGAGAAGAGGAAAGAAUGUGGUGUCCCAGACCAAAAUGAAUACUUGUUUGCUGUACCAAAUUGUCUGACUUACUACAGAGGACAUCAGUGUCUCAGACAGCUCGCAGAUGAGUGUGGUGCCAAGAGGCCAGAGUAUCUACGAUCAACUCAACUGCGCAAAGACAUAGCGACCACAUCACAAAUCCUGAACUUGAAGAGCAAUGAACUAGAUCAGCUUGCUGAUUUUAUGGGGCACGAUAUAUCAGUACAUAGACAGUUCUACCGUCUGUCAGAGCCUACCAUACAGAGUGCCAAAAUUUCCAAGUUGCUCCUUGCACUGGAAAAGGGAAAGAUGCAUGAGCUUAAAGGAAAAUCUCUUGACGAAAUUGAAGAUGUCACAGAUGAUGAUGAUGAGAGUGAGGAGGAACAAACAUUCACAACAAACAUUCACAACAAAGCAGAGGUAGAUUGUCCUCGUGAACUGAACGACAUGGACACUCCUGAUGCAGAUGGACUCCCUCCUGUACAUAAUGUACGCAAAGACAAGACACGAAGACCAUGGACCAAAGCAGAAGAAAAAGCUGUGCUGAGACAUUUCAAGUCUCACAUAAUUAAAGGUCAUUUAGCAUCAAAGAAGGAGUGUGUGGUUUGCAAAGAAUGUGAACAGCCAGCACUGAAAAAUAGAACAUGCCAAAACAUUAGAGACUUUGUGAGAAACAAGGGCUGA